GUCAUCUUCAAGUCAUGGACAAUAGGCCAGUUUGCACAAGUACAGCGUCCAUACGCUUCGAUUACAUGGCCUCUGAGCUUAUGUACUUGAUUCCUUUCAUCCCUUGACAACCCUCAAAGUCAGCAUCCGUCACGGCUUUCCGUCCUAUCUCCAUCGCUCCACUUCUGCGUGCUUGCAUCCACCGCAUCCACCGCACCCGUCCUCCCCACCUCGUACAACUCUCUUCAACACCACCACUUUACCGCUCUCAGUCCAGAAAGUUCCAGGCUGCCGGCGUAAUGUCGACACCAGAGACAAAGCCUGGCUUUCUCUCAGCUGGUAUUACUGCUUUUUCGCCCUGGGGCUCUCGAAGUACCACUCCGAAACCCCCGCCCACGACACAGAAUGAGGAGGAGGAUAAAUCCCACGCCUCGGGCAUGGGGACACAGAGAGGAGGCGACCACUCAGUCAGUCGGAGGCCUAGACUUAGUCUAAGGAAAUAUCCAGCAGAUUGCCCACCUCUGAACGUGAGGUGGUUCCAUGCGGUUGAUAUACCCAAACGCAAACCGCUCGCUGCCACAAUCGCUCCUCCGGACCAGCCCGUUCCAAAACCUAAGAAAUUCAUACCCUUCUCCGAAAGCGAUUCGCGAUCUAUCGAGGCCGCCUUUCAGAACCAAUACGACGAAGAAGAUGCUAAAGAAGCAAGGAAAGAAGCUAGCGCGCAGAGCCCGUCGACUCCAGCAAAUGCGGAGUCCGAGAGUCUUCCUACAACCAAGGUUCCUGUCAACGAGGAUUUUCUGUUCGAUGUAGAGAUUGAGACGCGAGAACUAGUGCCUGCGUACUGGCUAGGGCCUGUGUACGAAGUAAAAAGAGGAUCGUGGUUCACGCAAGACGGGGCACCCGUGGACGAGAACCUUGCAACGCAAUUGGAAGAAGGGUAUCUGAAGAUCAAGCCGUGGCGACUAGUAAACACGACGGAAAAGCGGUCUGCCUCGCAAACCCGAGCCCGUCCUGUGUCUCUCAAUGUCAAACCUGGCGACGAUUAUCGAAAGCUUUUGGGGGAGAGAAAUUCGACUUCAAACCCGGUCACUCCAAAAUCAUCAUUCGAUAGUCUGAAGGGUGAGGCGGCAAAGCAAGCCUCUGGCGAUAAACAAGCUGGCGAAUCGUCGCCUGACCACUCGUCCUUCGAUGAUGUCAACAGGACGCAUCGUCUCUUUGGAUCUCACAUGAAUUCUAUCGUAACGUACCAGGACGACAGUACGGCUUGGCUGCUGACUGAUGACUUACUCUCUCGCAUGGGUAGUACUCUUUAUCAACGAUUUGCUGGAGGUGCACAUUAUGCUGGCUACAAGUACAUCCGAGGUUACGUUGAUCCAGCAAAGAAGAAGGAGGCAAAGCCCGCCAAAGAGGAGAAAGAGAAGCCAGCUCAGCAGUCAAGCGAUUCUCCCUUAGCCUACGGCGAGGCAGCAAAGAGCGCAUCGGAAGGUGGCUCUGAUACGGAGGGUGAGACCGAGGCUCCUGAAUCUCCUGCCGAGACUCGGAGGAAGACGCUUGAGAGGCAAGUGUCUUCACUCAUAACCUCCUCGAAAGAGGACGCGGCUCAGCAGGAGGAAGAGAUUAGGAAACGCGAGGAGAAAGAAAUGCGCGAAGACUACAAAGACCAGAACAAGGGAGAACAAGAACGAGAGAUCGAGCAUCUAGUUCUUGUCACCCAUGGCAUUGGACAGCGGCUUGGUAUACGCAUGGAGAGCAUUAACUUUAUCCACGAUGUGAACACUUUGCGCAAAACGCUCAAGGCCGUUUAUGCCAACUCAUCUGACUUGCAAGCUUUGAACUCUGAGGUCGAAAGCGAGUCGAAGAACAGUCGAGUGCAGGUUUUGCCCAUCUGCUGGCGUCAUCUAUUGGACUUUCCCCAACAGAGCCUGAAGCAUAAUCGCAAGGAGCAUGAUCUCGGCGAUAUUGAUUUCGAAGAUAACGAAUACCCGAAUCUAGAAGACAUCACCGUUGAAGGAGUCCCAGCGGUCCGUAACCUGCUCACUGACCUCGCUUUGGAUAUUCUAUUGUACCAAAGUCCCGCAUAUAAAGGCCAUCUGUCGAGAAUUGUCUUGGAGGAAUGCAAUAGGAUAUUCAAACUUUUCAAAGAGCGAAACCCUACCUUCAAUGGCAAGGUCAGCUUGGUGGGGCAUUCGUUAGGCUCUGCUAUCAUGUUCGACAUUCUUUGUCAACAGAGAGUGGGAAUGUCGGGCAAACGUCGCAGUUCAGAUGCUCCCUUGCAGUUCGAUUUUGAGGUCGAGGAUUUCUACGCUUUAGGUUCUCCCACUGGAUUAUUCCAAAUGUUGAAAGGGCGCACCAUUGCUGCACGGCCAAGUUCUGCAACCUUUGUGGCGCCAGAGACACCAAAGAGUCCCUUGGACGACCCAUUUGCUUCAUCUUCACAGGCUCAGUCGGAACGUGCUUUUGAAAUCACUACAUCAUCUCCGCUCUGCAAACAAAUCUUCAACAUCUUUCAUCCGACAGAUCCUAUCGGCUACAGGCUAGAGCCUUUGAUUUCGCCAGCUAUGUCUUCCUUGAAAGCGCAGCCUUUGCCAUACACGAAGAGGGGAAUAUUUGGUGCUCCGGCUGCACAAGGUUUCACUGGCCUGAGUAACAAAAUCGGCCAAGGUGUCACCGAUUUCUGGACGUCCGUCAGCUCGGGAAUUGCAAGCGGCUUACUGAACCGUAGCUUGGGUAUCACAGGCACCGAUGCAAGCAAGAUGAGUUCAGAUCUAACUCAUGGUCAACGAAGCUCGCGUCCUCUGUCAAUUGGCCCGGGUUCUACGCCUGCAGUCGACGAACCUGCGAAGGCUUUCAUCAAUGAGGAAAGGAGAAGGCGACUCGGCGAGGAGUCGAUUGCGCCAGGUGUAGAUGGCGAACAUCCUCCAACGCUGAUCGAUUCAGAGAUCGAAACGCUGUACGCCGGCUUCCAGAAGCGGCGGAAGAGCCAACAAGAAGACGACGGACGAGAUGCAGAGAAGGAUCUUGAAUGGCAGGAGCUAGAAGAACGGAGCCGAAAGCUUAGGAAGGAAGAGGCUAAGGUUCGAGCACUAAAUGCCAAUGGAAGGGUGGAUUACAGCAUUCAAGAAGGAGCUUUUGACAUCUCACUUCUGGCUAGUCUUGCAAGUCAUCUCUCAUACUGGGCGGACGAGGAUGUGUCUCAUUUCAUGAUAUCUCAACUUUUGGCACGCCACAGGGUUUUCAAGGGAACUCGCAACAAGGACACUGUCUCAAAGUCCUAGAUCAAGAUAUACAGUAAGAGCAUAAGGAACGCUCGCAUCUCGCAUCUUGUGAUGUUGGGGGGCAGCUAAUGAUUAGACGAAUGAUAAUGAAAUACCAACAAGAACUCCGAUGCCCAUUUCCUGAAUCUGAUAUUUUGCGGCCUCAUCUCGCUAUCAUGAAACGAUUGGUUCGCUCACCGGUUGUGCGGCAUAUUGGCUGACGCAAUCCAACAGUCC